ACUCAUCUAUUAUCAACAACAUUCAAUUCCUCUCUAUAUUCCAACCUUCCAAUUCUUGUAUUAAACAUAAAAAAAACAAAACAAAAUGAAACACCAAAUUAUUUCUUAUUUUUCACUCAUUUUACUUACAAUAAUCAUCCAAUUUUCCACCUUAACACUAUCACAAACAGCCACAUCUCCAACCCCAUCUGGUCCAACAAACCUAACACAAAUCCUAGAAAAAGCUGGCCAAUUCACAACACUAAUAAGACUAAUGAAAGUAACACAAGUUGGUGAUCAAAUCAACACACAAUUAAACAAUUCUAAUCAAGGCAUGACAGUUUUUGCACCAACUGAUAAUGCAUUUUCUGGCUUAAAAUCUGGGACAAUAAACUCACUAAGUGCACAACAACAAGUUCAACUUGUGCAGUUUCAUGUGUUGCCUAACUUCAUUUCUAUGUCACAGUUUCAAACUGUUAGUAAUCCUUUGAGAACACAAGCUGGUGAUGCUAGUGCUGGUGAUUUCCCAUUGAAUGUAACGACGUCCGGCAACCAAGUUAAUGUGUCUACUGGUGUUGAUGAUGCUACUGUGGCUAACACAAUUUAUUCUGAUGGUCAGCUUGCUGUUUAUCAGGUUGAUAAAGUGCUUCAACCUUUGAGUAUCUUUGCUGCACCUUCUCCGGCAACGGCACCGGCUCCAGCGACAUUGAAGUCGAAAAGUAAGUCUCCGGCAGGACUGAGCCCUAGCUCCGGUAGCGACGACUCACCGGCGGAUGCUUCCGGUGGUGAGAGGAAUAUUAUUGCCAUGCAUGGCAUGAGGGUUUUGUUUUUUGGAGUUUCUUUGUUUGCAUUAUUGUAAAUUUUAGAAAAAAAAAUAUUGGAUGGUGAGGAUUUGUUUUGAUUUUUGAUGAGUUGAUUCAAUGGUUGUGAUUCAUUUGAAUAAUUACCCUAUCAUUUUAAAUUCUCUUUUUUUCAUGUUUUUUUUUUUACCUUUUUUUUGUGGGGUAUAUUCAUAUGUAAACCUAUUAAGAAACAAUUUUUGAUGUAUCUACAAUUAUGUGUAUUUCAUUA